CAGCCGCGAUCGCACGGCAGUUGCUUUGUUGAACCGAGGCGAAACGCUCCGAACGACUGUCCACGAUAAGACAUGUAUGAGUCAUGCCCAGAACUAAAAAGGAAAUCGUGCUUUGAUUGCCAAAAAUUGUGCUCAUGCCGUCAUCCGCAAAUUUUAGAAUGAUAACCUAUUUUUGAUCUGCGUUAAUUCUAGCUUGAGAUUCGAAUUGCAUCAAUACUUGAACGAGGAGUAAUUAUUUUCCAUUGAAAGAUAGUUCAAUCAACUGUCAUUCAUAUGAAUAUUCGUAUCGUCUGACGUGUUUUGUCUUGGAUUUUUAUAUCCUCACCAGAGUCCGUACUAAGGGGGACGAAUCUGGGAUGCGAGUCCUGAGAAUACAGUGAUGUCGAAUGCCACAUUUUCCUGAGAUCACUGGUUUUUUCCGGAGCGUGAUUUAUACAUUUUCUUCAUGCAGUACAAAUACAGGAGAGAGGCCACCGCCGAGUGCAGAUAGCGCCACAACGUCCCCUAAACGGACCUCACUCACCCUGCCUAUACAUUCCAAUGCCGCGGGCAACAGUGUGAUCUCUCCGACCCUGGAAGCCUUCACUCCGUCUCCCAUUGAUACAUCGCACAUGGUCCUGCCUGACUGCGUGAUCGGUUUGCGGGAUGUUCUCGCGGAAAACUUACACGAAGUCUGGUCGCUCAAUAAGAUUCAGGCUGGAUGGGCCUACGCACUGGAACGCGAUGAUCUCCACAAGAAGCACCCGUGCUUGACCACGUACCAGUUGCUGUCCGACACGGAGAAGGAAUAUGAUAUUACUCUCACAAUGGAAACACUAAAAGCGUUGACGGCUUUGGGAUACCAGUUCUCGGACCAAAUUGCAGCUGAGAAACGACCAAACGUAAUGGAAGUGCCGGAAGAGUACCGCCAGACCAAUGGUUACAAACCGCUUCCUUUUGAUCUUUCGCGCUGCCACCUGGAUGCCGACGUGGAAAAUUUGGUGGAAACGCUUGCAGCCAACCUCCACGAAAUUUGGGCUAAAAAUCGAAUUCAGCAGGGCUGGCAGUAUGGUAAUAGUGAGGAUAACCAAUGUAAACGCAGUCCACAUCUGGUACCGUACGAUAAAAUUGACUGGACAAUAAAGAAAGCCAACAGAGAUGCUGUCCAGAAUAUCGUAAAAAGCUUGAUUGCACUGGGAUGUAAUCUGCACUCACCAAAGCUGAAAUCCUCUAGCCGGUCGGAAAAUUCUUCCCGCACAAGAGUCAUGGAUGCAUCAAAAACAAAUAGCAACGUGUCCUUGAGUGAAAGUGUCUCACAGAGUCCGAAAAGCUCUGUUACGUGAUACAAAAGAUUUAUGUGGAAUCUUUAGCGCUGGUAAAGCGUUUUUUUUUGUUAUUUAUUCAGCUGUUUUGCAGUGCUUUGUACGGCGAUCUCCCGUUGUAGAUUAUAAUAUUCUGACUUGGUUCUUCCUGUUGUAUUUCUAUUACGAUAUUGUAUCGUUGUUGUUGUUUACCAUCUCGAAACUUGUGUAUUUAAAUUCUGCAAAGUUG